GAGGCCACUGUCCUCAAGACCCGAGAGUGCGAAAUCGUCUGCCCCUUCACCAAGCUCUGGUGCGAGUACCGCCCUUACAACUACCGCUGCGACAGCUCUGGCAAGCUUCGCUACGAUCAGUGCCACACCGAAUGCGAGAAUGCUUCCUGGGGCUGCACCUGCGGCUGCGACUGGCGC